AUGUCUUCGAUAUUGUCAGCAGACGACCUAAACGACUUCAUCUCGCCCGGAGCGGUGUGUAUCAAGCCGAUCAAGGUGGACAAGACAACUGAAAACGCUGAGAUCGAAAUCGGAGCCCAAGGACAGGCCCUGGAGGUGGGCAUCGAUGGGACACAAAAAGAGCUGGAGCCGGCGCAGCUGUCUCUAAGCGACUGCCUGGCAUGCUCGGGCUGCAUCACGUCGGCAGAGAGUGUUUUGGUGGCUCUUCAGAGCCAUACCCAGCUACUCGAUGAGCUCAAGAAGGAGGCAGAGCUACCCAGUGGCGAAAAACGCAUUUUUGUGUGCUCGGUGAGCCACCAGGCCCGAGCAAGUUUUGCGGCGGCCUUUGGGGUGUCUGUGGAGGUGGCCGAUGCCAAACUGCACUCUCUACUGUUGGACACUCUGGGGUUUGAUUACGUGGUGGGCAUGGGCGUGGGACGGGAGAUUUCGUUGAUCCACAGCGCCCAGGAGGUGGAGAAGUCGACACAGAAACCCGUCAUGGCUGCAUCGUGUCCCGGAUGGGUCUGCUACGUCGAAAAAACCCAUCCCCACGUCAUUCCCUACCUCUCGAGUGUCAAAUCUCCUCAGCAGAUUUGUGGAUCUCUACUCAAAAAGGUCAUUUGUGACACGAGAAGAGUCAAGCCCAGCCAGGUGUAUCACGUGAGUGUCAUGCCGUGUUUCGACAAGAAGUUGGAGGCGUCGCGCGACGAGUUUUCUGUCGAAGAGGCCGGCCAGGAGGAAAAAAUCAGAGACGUGGACUGUGUCAUCACCACCAAGGAAGUGGUCCAACUGCUGACAGAGAAAGACAUGAGUUUCGGUGGUCUUCCCGAGAUUGACAAAAGCCGUCUCUACACUUCAGUGCCCGAAACCUGGCCUGCUGAGCGAGACUGGGCGAACCACGUUGGGUCGUCUUCAGGGGGAUAUUUGCAUCAUGUUCUGACGGCGUUGAGGCUGCGGCAUGACCCCCUGGAAACUCGAACCCGUGUGGACGCGUCCAUGGGCAAAAACCAGGACGUUAUGGAGUACUCUGUCAUUGACACGGAGACUGGAGAAACGGUGGCUUCUGCCGCUCAGGUCUACGGCUUCAGAAACAUCCAGAACCUGGUUCGGAAGCUAAAGCCCAGCCGGGGUAAGGGCAAGGUUGUUUCGGCCAGAAAGAGCACAAAGACCGUUUCUGCUGCCCUCAACCCUUCCACUUACUCGUACAUUGAGGUCAUGGCUUGCCCUGGAGGAUGUAUCAAUGGAGGAGGGCAAGUGGGAGCUCCCGAGGGAGUUGCUGCACGUGAAUGGAAGGAUGAGACAGAAAAAAUGUACAACUCCAUCCCCUCAGAGGCCGUCAGUGAAGAGGUGGUGGACUGGGCCACAAAGGUGUGGGGACCCCAUGAUGAAGACAAGCUGGUGACUGCGCAUUAUCAGGAGGUGGAGAAGGUUGACCAGGGUCUGGCCUCCACUUGGUAA